GGGGGUGGUGAGGGUGGGGAGAACAAGUCUUGGUUCAAAUACCACAAGCUCACUUUUCUUGUUGAGUUUUAGUAAAUUUUCCUGAAUGAAUGUUUUUUUCAGUGGCUGCAUACCCUUCUCUGGACCAUUUCCACAGAUUAAAGAAUUUUUUAGAAACUAUUUUCACCAGUUUUGCUGUGAGGUAAGUAAAGAGAACUCUUCAAUGUCAUGCCACUGUAGAUUCUUUUUUGAUAACUCAAAGUCAUAAGACUGUAGGCAGCAGAAAGCCAGAGAACUCAAAUCCCAGUGCCCACAUCAUAAUUCACUCUGUAAGUAUUGAUUAAGUAUCAACUAUGAAAAUGGCUAAGAACUAAAAAUGGAUUGAGUUGACGGUAACUAAAGCAAGGGGUUCUGCACUGGCAGACAUACCAUUAUCCAUAUACUUUAUGGAAUAUCUAUUAAUAUAACAUGUGAGAUAUAAGAAUGGAAGAUAAAAAGCUAAAAAUCUAUUUUAGGAAUUAGAUUUUCACAAAAAGAGAACACGUAAACCAAGGCAGCCUGCACUAAGUGCCCAGAGAAUAAAUGCUCCAGUUUUUCAGGGCAUGGUCAGGGAAGAUUUCUGUGGAAGGAGAGUGUGGUGAACCAGGCUUGGAAGAAGGGUAGGAUUCAGGCGGGUGGGAUUGGGGGCAGGACACAUUUCAGGCAGAGGUGCUGAAGAGGGAUUGUAUUUGGUGUGUUUGAGCAAUGAGGAGACUUUUCUGCUUGCUGUUCAGUGAUCAAGUUGGAGAAAAGUGGUAGUGACCAAAGCAGGAGAUUGGGUGUUGGACCAAGGAGUUUGAACUCUGUCUUGUGGGCUGCUGAGAGCAAUGAGCGCCGUCAACUACAAACUGACACUUGCCAUCUACCUCUAUAAGGGUUAAAGCAUGUGCUCUGACCUUCAGCAGCCUCUGAAAGGAGUUCAGGGUGGAGCGCAGAAAUGAGGCACUCUGUGCUUGGGAUGGGGUAGGGGAACUGGCAGGACAGAUCUUCAGAUAGGUAUUUUGAGGAUCUCAUUUUAUAGGUCCAAUUCUUAUGUCUCCUCAUAUCUAAAAAAGCACUAAAAUCCUUCUUGGUGAUGACUGUUUCUCAUCACUGGCAAAAAAGCUUCAUGAGACUAGCAGAAACCUUCUGUACAUGUGCUUGACUGUAUGUAUUUCCUCCUUUGCCAGAAUCAGUGCAUACUGACCUUCACCCCUGCCUCUUUGGAGCAGUCUCUCAGAGGUACUUGAGGCACCAUUUCCCAGGCUGCAGUCCUCAUUUUGCCCCAAAUAAAAUGGCAGGUAACUCACAUUGUACAUUUUUUUUUAAGUCAACAGUGCUUUUUAGAAAAGAGUGAGUUGAGUAAAGAGAUUUUAGGAAAAUGGUUUUGCCUGUAGUGUGUAGAUAGAAUGAAGUGUGUGGGUAUGUGUGUGUGUGCAGGUGUAUGCUCAGAGGAAGGCUGGAGGCAAGGAGAUUAGUUAUUAUACUCUUACAAAGAAUUGAAGGUCUGGAUUAAGUGAAGGGGCUGGGAAUGGAAAGAAAGUGUCUGGUGUAUGGUAAAACAUUAUCAGGACCUCAAUAAGGCCAACCAAUUGUUAAAAGAGACAUGCAGUUUCGCUCAAAAAAUACUAGAACCCAAGGUGAUAGGGGCUGAUGUAGUAAUUUAAGAUAUCACGCAAAUUUUAUUCAUGGAUUUCUCUUGCGGUAACUAUUUACAAUUAAACAGGGUCUCUUUAUUUUUGAAUUCGCAUGUUUCUCUUCCUGCUUGUUACUUCAAGUCCUCCUCCCCACAAUUCGCUUUUAUUUGUUCUCCAGUUAAUCUCUAGUAUGUUUUUGCAGGAGGAAAUUUAGGGUUGCAACAACGCCAAAGAUGUAUGAUUUCAAAGAUGAGUUUUCUCCCUUGAAAACAGAUAUCCGCCUAGAAAGGGGAGGCACGUGGCCAACUCUUGCCUUUCAGCACGUCUAUGUGACCUUCAAAACUCCUUAGGACACGCCGGUUUGCUGCGGGGCUGCACCCCCGUCAGACUCAGGUUGGCAGAAUCUCCUGGGGCUGCCGGGUGUGCACGGCUUGCGGUUCUGAAGCUAGAGUUCACAAAACAAUACAAAGACACGGACAAAAGCCAAACCACAGAACCCCAUGCCUUAUGGGUGAAGUCGCGGAAGAAAGGUUCUGCUCUUGCCCUUUUAAAAUUCCAGUGCAGCAAACACACACCCGCGCGCUCGCGCGCGCGCGCGCGCACACACACACACACACACACACGCAUACACGCCGGAUCGGCUUUUCCCACUCCCUGCUACUCUGCACCAGUGUCCUUCCCCGAGUCCUGAUUCAUGAACCGUGCCACCUUUGUCUCAUUUUAAACUGUGCAGACUAUUUUCAUCCUCCCACCCCCCUCCCCGGUUCCCCCUCUCCCUUCCUGCACUGGAAAGCUCUGAUGUAAGGCGCUCGCUAGGUGGGAGAGAGCUUCUUUCCAUCGGCUCGGGUCGGCGAGAUCCCGAGAGCCCCCCCCCCCUCCGCGGGACCUCCGCCGGAGGGGGCCGCUGCCCGGAGGUCCGCUGCGGGCGCGGGGGUGAGCGCCUCGAUCCCUUUAAGGUGUCGCCGCGCUCGCAGGAGCCGGCGCGGGUCCCGAAGCGGGUGGGGAAGUCCUGCCGCCCUCCCCCGCCUCCAGCUUGCAAGCGUCCGGGGGGCCCAGCCGUCCUCCGCCCGCCGCGCACGGGCGGGCCAUGCGGCUGUGAACCAUGUCCUCCUCCUCCUAUGCCAAGAACGGGAGCGCUGACCGGCCGCACUCCCCAACCUCACAGGUGGCCCGAGGCACCACGACCCGGAGGAGCAGGUUGAAAAGAUCCGAUGGCAGCACCACUUCGACCAGCUUCAUCCUCAGACAGGGUUCAGCGGACUCCUACACAAGCAGGCCGUCUGACUCUGAUGUCUCUUUGGAAGAGGAUCGGGAAGCGAUUCGGCAGGAGAGGGAGCAGCAGGCGGCCAUCCAGCUUGAGAGAGCAAAGUCUAAACCCGUAGCAUUUGCUGUGAAGACGAAUGUGAGCUACUGUGGUGCCUUGGACGAGGAUGUGCCUGUUCCAAGCACGGCCAUCUCCUUUGACGCGAAGGAUUUUCUACACAUAAAAGAGAAAUAUAACAAUGAUUGGUGGAUAGGAAGGCUGGUGAAAGAAGGCUGUGAGAUUGGCUUCAUCCCAAGUCCGCUGAGAUUGGAGAACAUACGGAUUCAGCAGGAACAGAAAAGGGGCCGUUUUCACGGAGGGAAAUCUAGUGGAAAUUCUUCUUCAAGUCUUGGAGAAAUGGUAUCAGGGACAUUUCGAGCAACUCCAACAUCAACAGCAAAACAGAAGCAAAAAGUGACGGAGCACAUCCCCCCCUACGACGUGGUGCCAUCCAUGCGUCCGGUGGUGCUGGUGGGGCCAUCGCUGAAGGGUUAUGAGGUCACAGACAUGAUGCAGAAAGCCCUCUUUGAUUUCCUGAAGCACAGGUUUGAUGGGAGGAUAUCAAUAACAAGAGUGACAGCUGACAUUUCUCUUGCUAAGAGGUCUGUGCUAAAUAAUCCCAGCAAGAGAGCAAUAAUUGAACGUUCGAACACUCGGUCCAGCUUAGCGGAAGUACAAAGUGAAAUUGAAAGAAUCUUUGAGUUGGCAAGAUCUUUGCAACUGGUUGUUCUUGAUGCAGACACCAUCAAUCACCCAGCACAACUUAUAAAGACCUCCUUAGCACCAAUUAUUGUUCAUGUAAAAGUCUCAUCUCCAAAGGUUUUACAGCGGUUGAUUAAAUCGAGAGGAAAGUCUCAAAGUAAACACUUAAAUGUUCAACUGGUAGCAGCUGAUAAACUUGCACAGUGUCCCCCUGAAAUGUUUGACGUCAUACUAGAUGAGAAUCAGCUGGAGGAUGCAUGUGAACACCUGGGCGAGUACCUUGAGGCCUACUGGCGAGCCACCCACACGACCAGUAGCACCCCCAUGACUCCCCUGCUUGGAAGGAACCUGGGCUCAACAGCACUCUCGCCAUAUCCCACAGCAAUCUCUGGGUUACAGAGUCAGCGUCUGAGGCACAGCAACCACUCCACAGAGAACUCUCCAGUUGAAAGACGAAGUCUAAUGACCUCUGAUGAAAAUUAUCACAAUGAAAGGGCUCGGAAGAGCAGGAACCGCUUGUCUUCCAGUUCCCAGCAUAGCCGAGAUCAUUACCCUCUGGUGGAAGAAGAUUAUCCUGACUCAUACCAGGACACUUACAAACCUCAUAGGAACCGAGGAUCUCCUGGGGGAUAUAGCCAUGAUUCUCGACAUAGGCUUUGAGUCUGCAGAAACAAACAAAAAGUUCAUCUGUUGACGAUUUGCCAUAGCACUGCUAGGAUACAACCAGUCAUCUUAACGUGGCAAGUACAGCACAGUACUGACUGUGCUUAUGGGCUGCUGUCAUUGAUGCUAAGAAGGGGCAAAAAAAAAAAAUGUACAUUAUGCCCUUAAGUCUAGAUGGAUCUUAGAUGCC